UUCAGCAACACAUGCAGGCCAGCUGACAAGGACCACAACAAUUAACACAAAACUGCACUGAUGACUUUCACCGUAAAGUCAUCAGUGAAACCCAAAGCAGGCUGGAUGCAGUUUGAGGGUUUGCUAAAGAUCGCAGAUCAGUUUCAGGGAUCUCAGCCUGCGACAACAGGAAACGAGAGAAAAAGCGCCACUGACACAACUGAAACCUGCCUCCAUGAAGUAGGACUAGUCUACAUCACCUGUCCAUCGCUUAUCUCAUGGAUCACAAAAAGGUAUCAACUUAAAAGGCAUAGGCCUACUCUUACUCAAAAUACUAUGAUGCAUGUUUUCUAUGUGUCAAACUUGUGUAUUUUUUAAUGAGCUUGUUUGAAUUAUUACAAAUAGAUUUUCACAUAUGUAUUCAUUAACAUGAUGUUACCUUAAUCUACUUUAAAAGUUUUAAUUUAAAUUGAAUUGGCUUUAUCUGUCAUUCUGUGUUUAUAUCUGUGCCUACUUUACUGUUUGUCACUCAUUGUAGAUGGCCACUUUAUAUAAACUGUGAUAUGCAAUUCAUUUGAACACACUCAGACAUUUUGGUAUUUUAUGAUGAAUAAAUAAUUCAAUUGAAUCAUAGCUUAAACUUAAAAAAUAAGAAGAAAUGUCCCUUUCUGUUAAUUGUCACAAGGCAAAUAUACUCUGAAUUUAAAAUGUAUCUCUCUUGGAGCUGAAUUUUUGAUAAGUUGUUGACUACUAAAUUAAUUGCCAACUAUUUUAAUAAUCAAUUAAUCGGUUUGAGUUCUAGGAAAGAAGUCAAAAUUUACUUCUGUUAUUAUUUUUUCUAUUUUUCUUUGAACUGACUAUGUUUGAGUUGUGGAGAAAACAGGUAAUAAGUACUCAACUAGUAAGUGAUUCAUUGUAUUUAUAGAGGUAGGUGAUUCCCAGGGAGAAACAGACAGUUACAACACAAUUAUUCAUACAAAUGAGAAUGCAUUUAUCGAGAAAAUAAUCAACAGAUUAAUCAACAAAGAAAUGUAUCGUUCAUUGCAGCCUUAAUCUCUUAACAUAUCCCUCGUAGAUAUCACACACGCAUAUUUUGGGGGUUUGGUGCCUUGCUCAGGGGCACCUCGCCAGUUCCCUAUAGGGGAACUAGCACCUUUCCUUUUACCAUUUUUGAAACAAUGCUUUGAACAUUAGGGCGUGUAGACAUGCUCUUUGUAUUACAUUUUAGCACACUUUUUUCAACUAUCGAUUCCAAUUUUUUUAAUUUGAAUGAAAACAAUAUUAAUUUAAAAGCAAAAAUGGAGCAAUCUCUAAAUUCUGACUUCUGGAGUUUUAGUAUUGCACAAUAAUCCAAAAGGCCUGUCCAACCAAAAGACACAUUUUAUGAAGAAACAUCCUGUUGAUUACUUUACUGAUAAAUAAUGUUUGAACAAAACACUCAACGUCAUGGAGAUUAGGUGUCAAACGUUUUAAGUGUUAUCUUUUUAGUUCCUUGUUCUUCUUCCUGUCUAGCUUUGACCCCUCCAUGUUCUGUCUGUGAUCUGAGGCGAUGGAGAGCCCACCCUCCACAGUGAGGCGGAGGGCCUGGAUCAACAGCCGCCGGCAGCGCUCCACUCUGGAGCCGGACCCCGAGGGGCCGUUAUGUACCCUCCCCUCGGCCUCUGUAGCCGCCGACGACGACGUCUUCUCUGAUGGAUGCUUUACUGGAAAGAUCGAGAAUUGGCUCCAGAGUUGUGGGGCAGAGGCCUGCUCAGAGACCACGGAUCAGCUGAGUUUUGACUCUGUGCUGAAAGCCAGGAAAUGUGACGAUGAACUCAAUCUUGGUGCUGAUGCGUCUUUGUUAAAUGGUGGCGAGAUAUCAUCUAAAGCUUGCCUCGCACAGCAUCCUUCUUCCAAACCAGGUCCCGGCAGACUCACCAGUACCCCUCGUAAGGAACAAUGUCUGCCGAAACUAAACUUGGGCCACAGCAUGGCCUCCAGCUGCCUCUCCUCCUCAUCGAGUAUCUCAGAGGUACUGCAGCUGUGUGCCGAGGAUGCGGAGGAGACGCUGUACGAGCUGGGUUUUGGCUGUGACGAGCCUCAGGUCACUGUCCGCAUCCCUCCUCGCUUCUUAAACUUUCCUUCUCCGUCUCGGGGCAUCAACUUCCGGGUUUUCCUGGACUCUCAGAUACGGCGGAUACGAGAGGAAGACCCAAGCCUCUCUCUUGCUAGUCGUUUCAGACAAGUGCAAGUCCUCACAGCAAUGGCCAACGCUUUCUACUCCCUCUACUCUCACGUGUCCCGCACUCCUCUACAGAAACUGGCCACACCAGAGUUCACCUUCUCCUCGUCUCCUGUGGAGAAGAUCGAGCGCUUCAGAGGCAGCAUCCGCAGCGAGGUGCGCUCUCCGGUGGAGCGGCUGAAGGACACCGUCUCCAAGAUGUGUCUCUACACAGGCUCUCCUCGAGGGUCAGACUCCACCUCUCCACAGCCCUCACCCAGGAAAAGGGCCAGCCUCCCUGAUGUUGUGGAUAUAGUCCUGGAGAAACACAAGAGUGGGGCUACAAAGAAACUGGAUUUGGGAGAUUAUGAUAGGAGCAACUUGGAUGUCAGGCUGUUUAUGGAUGGGGAUACAUCCUGUGACAGUGGGAAAGAUGCGCAAACACAGCAGAGCAUGGAGGAUGAAGACAUUCUUCAAAAUGGAAAUACAACCUGUCAUAAGAUGCAGGGCUGCAAACAAACAGAUAAUGUUGAUGCAGAUGAAAACAGUGUCAGAGCAGCAGACCUUGACAGCAGGACUCACAGUGUAACAUCUCUAGCGUCAUCAGUAUCAGGAGAAACUGUGAUAGAAACUGAGCUGGACUCAUGUGCAUCUCAAAGAGAGACUGGCACUGCUGAUCUGAAACCAGUUGCCAAGUUGACGUACGAUCUAAUCUGCCCGCAGAUAGUUGAGAGUGUACACCAGGCGCCUUUCUGCUGUCAACAGACAAUUAUUCCAAAAACAAACACUUGUAUCUCCUCUGAGAAAGUAAGCAUAGAUGGAUCUCAUGAACCUGAUAUACAAAUCUCUAUCCCUGAGCCUGACACCAGACAGACUCAUGCACCUGGAUCGCUUCCUGUCCUGGCCCCCUACGGAGACCCCACCCAGUGCUGCAUCACUGUGACGGGCUGGGAGGGGGGCGGCGUCUCUCCUCAUUCCUCAAAUGCAACAGAUGCCGGUCAUGCUUCUACUGUAAUGCCUCUGCAGAAAUGUGAGGAGUCAUUUAUCAAGGGGAGAAGCCGGCACCUGAAUCCACUGACUCGUCACAUCCGGGGGCACGACUCCAACCCCCUGCAACAGGUCAACUCCUUCGAGCUGGAGGAGGUGCAUAGUGCAGGAGAGGAAGAUUUUGUUGAAUCUGAAACGACGACAACAACCCCCCUGUCGUCUAAAGGUGAGAUGGUCCGGGGCGACAGCAUGCAGUCAGACAGCAGCGGCUAUGCAGAUGAAGAAGUUAGCCCCUCAUCAAACACACAUAACAGAUGACGGAAAAAACUGAAUUUCAUCGAAACAAAGUUAAAAUAUUUUUUUUCUCACCUGUCGACUAUUUCCUGCACCAAAUGUUGUUUCUAAACAGAGGCUUAAGAUGUGAUGAUUCUGGAAAAAACAUAGUUACGUGAGAGAAUCUUUUUCACAAUAAGAUUUCCGGACAUGCAAAUCAUUAAGUUUCUCCCCAGUGCUCAUACAGACUGUAAAUAAGUAACAAUAAAACGAUUGUAGUUCAAAGGGUUUGAUGAAAUUCAUUAAUUGAAUUAGGAAUGGCAGCAUGUUGAAGUUGUAAGAGCAACAGUUGGCAGUAAAAUGUACAAAAUGUUUUAUUGGAAAUAAGUCAAUUUCACAUGGAUCUCACAUUAUAUUUCAUCGUUUAGCUAAAACUGGGCAACCUUUUCUUCUACAACAACAAAGAAGUUCUUCUCAAAUGUAAUGAGGUCAGUAUAGACUUCAAUGAUGUGAGUACUAAAACUCACACAAAAACCGCACAAGUUCCUUAUUUGAAUGAUCAGAAAACAAGAUGCAGAUCUGCCUUUUUUUCAGAGAAUGAGGUUCACAUGAACUGCACCGGUGGGAGGAGUAAGGAAACUGUGCAAAGGUCAUUAUCUUGUCAAGUAGUGCAAACUGUUCACUAUACUCAAUACUCAUUCCAGCCGAGUGCAAGGCAGUAUAUCAAAACAAAUACAGCAAGGUGCAUGGUAAUGAAUCCUUUUACUAGACACAGCAUGUAGUUGGAGAAGAAUAUUUCCAAAUUCCACCAUGAUCAACUUUCCAAUAUCACAGGAUUCAUAUUCCCAUUGACAAAAAAAA